GUUUGCAAGAUGUUGUUCAAAUACUUGAUGGCACUUGGUUUGAUGGCGUUCAGUGAUGGAUUUAAGAAUAGGAACGUUUGCAAGAAAUGGUCAGAUUAUACUGUUUUAUCGUACUUCGAUAAAAAAUCCAGCUGCUGGUAUAAUGAAGAUGUUCGAGCAACAACGGAUGCUAUUGCCAAGAGACAUAACUACCAAGUUCAGACUCAUAAUGUUACAACGGAGGAUGGAUUUAUCUUGAAGGUAUUCAGGAUUGCCAACGCGACAAGCAGCUUUGACGAACCCAGGCAACCAAUACUUUUGGUGCAUGGUACCUUGAGCAAUUCCGAAUUGUGGAUUCAAAGAGGAGAUGAUUCAAUUGGUUUCUUGCUAGCAGAUAUGGGAUACGAUGUGUGGUUGUCGAACAGCAGAGGCACGUACUAUUCUUCAACGCGCGUGAAAGGAUUAUACUCGGAUUACUGGGAUCACACCUUCGACGAUUUGGCUAAAGAUAAUCCUGCGGUUCUCGAAUACAUCGACAAGGAGACACGACAAGCUGGUAACAUUCUGUAUUUAGGACAUUCCGCAGGAAACACGCAGAUGAUGGCAUACGCAAGCGACAGGCCGGAUCACGCCAAAAAAUACCUGAAAGCCAUCCUGAAUUUUGCUCCUGUAGUUUACCUUGACAAAGAAGAAUUUUUGAUUAAAGCUGUUAAAGUAUUAGUCAAACUGCCUAUACGUAAGAUCAGCGUUAGACAAUAUAUAUUGAAGAACUUAUGCUCUAUGACUUAUGUAAAUAUUAAACUGUGCAGGGCUGUGAUCGCGAAAACUUUCGGUCCUGAAAAUGGAAUCCACGAUCCUGAAAUCUUCCCUACUUUUAUGGGAAUGUUUCCGGAUCAAGAAGGUAUCAACAUCUUCAAGCAGUACAUGCAGCUGGCGGAUAGCGCAGAGUUCAAGAAAUACGAUUACGGCCCUCGUAAGAAUUUGAUAAUGUAUGAUUCCAUAAAGCCUCCGAUGUAUGAUAUGUCGAAGAUCAAUAUACCUAUGUACAUGUUCGUUGGAGAGGACGACGGUAUUGGGACGAUGGAAAGUGCCAAAAAGGUGCAGAAAGUAAUGAAGGUGUACACUGAAAUCUUCAAAGUCGAUAAAUACAGUCAUCUCACAUUCUUCCUUGGUAACAAUAUCCAGGAGGUUCUUUACCCUCCAUUCAAGAAAGUCUUGGAAAAAUUGAGAUAGUUUAAUUAAUGACGAAAUGCUGACUCAAAUUAAUAUAGAUAAUAAAGUACUUAUGCAAUG